CGACCAUGUUGUCAUUGUAGUAUCUUCAUUUUGAUUUCUCCGAGCGAUUGCAGCCUAAGUAUUGCAGACUCCUCUAGUACUCUUCUUCCUUAUCCUUUCAACUUGGUCCUAAGCUGCCUCCUUUUGGAAAGCUCAGGUGAUUUGCGUGGGAACAGUGCGAACGACUAAAACAAUGGCUGAUGCAGCCGAAACUGGUGUUCGCGACAGCGCACUUGAGGAGGCAUUCCGCAAAGACGCAGAGACGUUCGAGGACCACGUCGUCAUUCCGGUUCGGAACGACGAGGAAAGAUCUGCAACAGGGUCCCGGCAGCGCAGCCAGCCGAAGCAGCGCAUCCGCAAGAAACCGUUUGGUGCGAAAAAAACACCCGCCGCCGCCCGAAACCAAGGCCGGGCUGCGAAGGUCGGUGUCGAAGACGAGGACGAAGAUGAUGAGGACGAUGGCACGCCUGCCGUUGUUGGAGUUGGCGGGAAUGAUGAUGAGUCGAUGCACCUGAUACCAAAAGAAGCAGAGGACAUUGAUACCGACGUUGUCCAGCAGGAGGAACAAGCCCAUGACGCAGCUUUGCAGGCACGGCGCGAGCGCGCAAACAGGCGAAAGCAGCAUUUGCGACAGGAGAUGGAAGAGAGAAAGCGUGGCGCCGGUGGUGGCGCUCCCAGCAUUGUCCGAGAUGGAACUCCUGCUAAUGCUCUAGCAAAUAAAGGUAUUAGUGCCAGUGGACGAACAACUCUGGACGAUGAAAGGGAGCCAGAUAUCGCUGACUUUAUCAACGUGGCGGAAGAGGACGAGGACGCGGGUUUUCCCAUCACAGGAACUUCAAACACCACCCCGACGCAGGUUCAGCAAGGAGCGCUUUCCACUUCCAGCAAACGCCGCACGAGCCGAAGGCCCGCGGAGGGGGAAACGCCCGCCGAGCUGCUUGCCGCCGGCAGCCGCAAAAAGCAGCACAUGCAGGGUCACGGGAUGAAUAUGAAAGGGUCCUCGUCGUCGAAGCACCACGGAUCAAAGGGUGGAAAGGGGUCGAAAUACGGGCAGUUUGUUGACCAAGCACCGGAAAGAAAUGAGUUCAUGCAGCUGUUUGACCAGGCGGCAACACAGGGGUACCAGCCUCCAGAAAAGGAGAAUGACAUGCGGUUGUUGCAGCUCCCGGCGGGCACGAAAGAGAAGCGGCUGUCGAUGAUACGCACCGGACAGCACCCGGAUCUCUUCUCCAGCGGCGGGGGACCGUUUUCCAUGGAGCUAGGGCACGAUCAAGACGAUUACGGCGGGGCUGCUGGCGUUGGAGGUGUGCAGGGCGGCGGCCUGGAGUCCAACUUGAUGUCCGCCGGACCGGGGGGCGCCGGGCAGCUCGGCGUGAACAAGUUGCAGGCCGUCGAAGAUAAGGCGGAUGAGGCGGAGCGCAACGCGCCGUCGGUCGUGGAGAAGGUGGGGGCCUGGUUCGGGAACCUGUUUGGGGGUGGGGGCGGGGAGGAGGAGAAGAAGGAAGAGAAGAAACCGCUUGUCCCCGGGGCGAAGAAGAAGCCGGAGAAGCCCGGGCGCGGUCACCGGAAGGAGCAGCAGAUCCACUCCGUCCACGCCAGCGUGCACCUGGAGGGGGAGCUGAAAAUGAAAAAAACGUUUUUCGACCACGAAAUGGCGAUCCCCGCGAACGAUUCCUACAUUCUGCGGGUGUCCAGCCGGUUCACGCCGAACGGGACGGAUGUCGCGUUUUACGCGGAUCAGUACACGCGCAGUCUGCUGCAUUUCGAGCUCUCGAACCGCGGGGCGGAGCUGCGGCUGGGCCCCGGCCAGGGGGUGUUGUCCAUGUUCAAAGAGGGGGAAAGCUCGCUCCUCACGACGCCGGCGGACUCCGCUGUAUCAUCCGCGCGGUCCACACAGUCCAUUUCCGGUGUUCGCGGCACCCAGGGAGGAAGUAUACGUUCACAUCAAUCCACCAUGAUGAACCGGUCAUCGAUGCGGAGAAGUGCGGUCGCUGGGCCGCCGAUAAGCUUCGAGACGCCCGAAGCAGUGGCGUUACUCGAUUUCGUCUCCUCCAGCUACUCGGAGCGGGCCACCACGCCGAAGGCCCCGCCGAACGUGGUGAACAACCGCUACCUCGCCCGGUGGAACCACGAGAACGUGGCGUACUUUCUCCCGAACCAGCCGCUGGUGAACCUGGCGUGCUUCGAUUUCGGCACCAACAAGCCGUAUUUCCGACUGCAGAACGUGCAGUUCAACCCGAAACUCGCGAAUUACCAGAUUCUCGAGCCGGGCUGCUGCGCGUGCGGGAGCGGGCCGUCUUUUGAGGAGAUCGAGGACGAGCGGCACAGUCGAACCUGGCUCUUCCACUGCGCCAUUGUGGACUGCGGCUCGCAGUACUUCGAUUUCGACGACCAGUACGGGCAGCGGCAGCAGUUUCCGGUCAUCGGCCAACUGGUGUGUUGCAACGACGUGGAAACGAGGGUGGACGAUCCGCUGUUGAACGAGGACUACCUGCGAACCCUGAUGUCCGUGGAGGCGAAGCGACUGCAAAAGAUGCACUGCAUGCGCAAGACUGGGUACGAAAUGCACGUCGCGCUGGAGGACCCCACCGACGGAAACUGCGCCGCAGCCUGCACGUUCUUCGCCCUCUACCUGCUCCUCAGGUGUCAACAGUGGUAAGUAGAAGGUGGUGAGCAGACACUUGUCGCGCUCCUGGAUACGACUCGUGUUUGGAACAUGUAUUCCGUAACUCUUGCUCAAGCUCCUCAAGGUCAAGAGUACGUACUACUGAAAUCCCGACUACUUCGAACGCCGUGCAAAAUUUUUGUGCCGGUGUGCCUGGCCUCGGCUUGUUUGUAACAAUUGUACGUGUACUUUGAAUUUGAAUGAUUUGUAGCAAGGAACGAAAUAAAUUUAUGUAUUUUUCACGAAGAAACGAU